AUGGCGCUUGUCGACGCUCCCUCUCUGGCCUCUUGUUCAGACUCGUCCCUCCGUAUCGCCCUUCAACCCGAACCGACGAGGCCUGUUCCUUAUCCGCCGCGUCACAUCGAUUUCGCCAGUGACCUGGAUGAAUCCUUCGAUCAUGUCGAGCUCUCGUCUUACUUGGAUGGCUUGCACAUUGAGGGCAUCGACGUCUUGAACACCUUGGAUAGCAUGACAGCUUUCGGUAUUCCUCUCCACGACAACGACAUGCGCCACUCCGUCGGUGCCAGCCCGUACUCAUUGCCACCCAAAGGACAGGCCAUGUGCCUUGCGCGGGGCUCAAGCAACGAUCGGCUACUUGAGGACGGCGUUCCCUUCCGCAAGUGGAUGAAAGCCCUGCACCGUCGAGCCAGGCACCGUGCCGAUUCAGUUGACAACGGCCACGACACCUCCGGAGAUCCUUCCAGCCCUGUCUGCUGGCCGCCACAGUCUCCAAGGAGGGCCCAUCACAGGUCUUCGUCCUCGGGCUCGUCCUUCGAUUUUGUCGCAGCUGUGAAAAGCGCCAGCGUCAGUCUAGCUAGUGCCAGCAUCGUCACGCGUCAGAUGAAGGACCCAGGCCUAGCUUGCAGGCACUCACGGACUGAACGUAGUAGCAGGGCGUCUUUUACUGCUGCGAGAGUGUCAGAGGAUAGUGGCUACGGAGACCGGACAUUAGCCCAUGAUCCAGCUGCCACCGAGCGAUCGCUGCAGCGCCGCCGCAUUCUCGAAGAGCUUAUCAGCACCGAGGAAGGGUACAUCGGCGAUGUUCGUUUCCUCAUGAAUGUUUACGUCACGCUUCUCGCUUCUCUUCCAACGCUGCCGCUUGGCAUGCGUUCUUCGAUUAAUCGUAACCUCACAGACAUUAUCCAGUUGCACGAGGAAAUCCUCAGUGAUCUUCAUCGCGUUGUUCCAGACUCGGAGUAUGCGCUGCCUGACUUUCCUCGGCCUCCGGCUGCGUCCACAGGUCAAGGCCACCGAAGAUGGCGCAGCCUCGACGCCGUUCCGGAGCACCGCCACCCCGCGCCAUGGAUCAGAGAUGCACCAAGCAUUGGAUCAGAAGCUCAAAUAGCAGGUGAUGUUGCGAGGGUUUUCAGCAGGAAGAUGAACCAGUUCUUCAUCUAUGAAGAAUAUGGAGCUAAGUAUGAGAUGAUGAUCAAAGACGUGGCUUCGACACAGCGCAAAAUGCCACACUGGGAGGAUUAUCAAAAGGGAUUGGAGGCUUUGGCAUCCUCUUUAGGUCCCGUGAACUCCCGGUUCGACCAGUCGAGGAAAUCGCUAACUAUUGGAGAUCUUCUUGUCAAGCCGAUUCAAAGGAUGUGUAAAUAUCCUUUGCUUUUUGCCGAGCUCCUCAAGUACACCCCUGUAGUCGAUGACCCAAAUUCUCAUAUGGAGGUCGAAAGUGCUCUGUUACGGCUUCGAGAGGCAACAGCCGAAAUCAACCGUGCCACGAAUGACGCCUUUAUGAGGACCACCCUGCAAAAGACAUGGAUCUUACAGGAUCGUCUUGUCUUCGUUGAUCAACGCAUCGACGCGGCGACGAAGACCAGGAUACGUUCAUUUGGCCACGUCGAACUUUGCGGUGCCCUUCACGUCUGCUGGCAGGCUCAUGAGGGUGUUUGUGGCCGAUACAUGGUCUGCCUUCUCUAUAAUGACGUGCUGUGUCUGGCGUCGGCAGGGAAGGCUGAUCAGAUUUACACGAUUGAGGCAUGCAUCAGCCUCAAUGGCAUCAAAGUUGAGGAGCCUGAUAAUGGUCGAGGACUACAGUGCCACACUGCACCUUUCUCGUGGAAGAUCGUCUUUGAGUGUGAUUCUCAAUUGUACGAAAUGGUUAUGACGGCAUGUAAUCCCCGAGAACGUGACGAAUGGCGUGGCCGGCUGGAGCAGUCAGCGAAGGAAUGUCAAGAGCAAUCCGAUCCCAACCUGUUGUACAGCUCAAUGUCGCUCGACAUUCGAAGCCUGGGCACAGUCUUUGGAAAACCAGGUCAGUUUGAAUCUUUCUCCCGCGCGAUGUUUGUUCAAGCGACUGAGUACGAAUUAGGUACGGUGGCACGACGCAUUUCCAUGCAUCGGGCGAUGACCAUUGGCUCGAAAACACCUCUAUGCCAAGUCAUUCUGAAGAACACCAGUGACGUUCGCGAGGCACCUGCAUUGCCUCUGAACCCAACGAUCAACAGAUCGCAGUCGCUCUUAUCAACCUCUGCAUACAGAGUGCCGGUGCUGGCACCGCAUCGUGCCGAGCGCGCGCGACUCGAAGCCCUGCUGUCGGAUAUCUGGAGUCGUGACGUUCUCCCUUUCCCUAGCAUGACAGGGAGGUCGAGGAGUGAGAAUCUUGUCAGAAGCUCCGCGAGCACUAUGAUGCGGAAGCUGAGUGUCACAAGCAUUACUAGUUCUUUUACGAAGCGGUCGAACAGUGUUGUGAGCAUGACGAAACUCAUCGGCGAAGACGAGGCUGCCGAUGUUCUCGAAAUGCGGAGACCAGUAUCCAAGUUAACGAGAGUGAGCCGAUCAUGGACCGAGCAAGACGGCGACCUCCAGACCGGACCGACCUGUGGCGCCAUUUUGCAUCGGAUUCGGGACGAGUCCGAGAAGAAGGAUUCAGGCAGCACGGCUACGGGGGCUACGUUGGCUCCGACGCCAAUCGAGGUUCUCGGUCAAGGGAGUGCAGAAGCUCAACACCAAGACGAAGAUGUUGUGAUGAGAGACGUCGGCCGAAAGGACAUCAAGACGCUACAGGAGUCCCCGACAGGCAGCCGCACUGUCAGGAAGGGCACAAGAAGGAGUAGGCCGGUGCCACCAACCUCCCGACCCUGCUCGGCGACACCCACCGGUUCGGUGAAAGAGGAGCCCUGUUCUAUGGCAGCCAAACGGGCUGCGAAGAAGGCCAAACUUGCGCACGGGGCGGGGCCUAGCCGGUGGGGCAAGGUCGGCGUGCUCAACAGAGACGUAAUGAUACAAGGUAUUCGCAGUUUUUUCCGUUAG